UAGUAAUGUCAGCUUGGACAAUGUUUUUGAGAAGACCCAAGAUGACCUCGCAGCCGUACCCAAGAGCCCUUCCUAUGCCAGAUCAAGCGACAUGUACAGUCACAUGGGAACCAUGCCUAGACUCAGCAAAAAAGCCUCAAAGCUCAAGAAAGAAAAAGGCAAAGUCCCGCCAGCCGCCAUGACCUCGCGCUCAACUAGUGACCUAUUAGACGACGAUUCCAGUGACAUUAUAGUGGUCCCUUCCUUAAUGGCACAAAAGAAAAUAUUAUCUAAAGCAGAAUCAGCUGUGAUAAGUGUAGAAGCUUGUGAGACAGAGCACCAGGUAGAUAACCCAGUAAAUGACCCUACGGAAAUAACAAAGACCUGUGAGAAGAUGCCAGUCAUUCCUGAACAACAAAAUAAAAAAGAAGUAGCAUUGCAGAGCGACCUGGACCAAAGCAAACAGGGUUGUGAAGAGAGUUCCUGCACCAGUCUGGAUGGAGGGAGUGAGUACGUCAAGUUUUCGAAGGACAAGUAUAUUUUGGAUACUCCGCCAGAGAAACUGCACAAGGAGUUAGAGGAGGAGCUAAAACUUAAUAGCUCAGAUUUGCGCAGCCACGCCUGGUACCACGGACGCAUACCACGAGAGGUGUCGGAGACCAUGAUCCAGAGAAAUGGCGACUUCCUCAUUAGAGACUCAUUGACUAGCCUGGGGGACUACGUGCUGACUUGCCGAUGGAAGAAUGAACCUCUGCACUUCAAGAUCAACAAGGUGAUGGUGAAGACCAGUGACAGCUACACCCGAAUACAAUACCUCUUUGAGCAGGAGAGCUUCGAUAACAUCCCUGCCUUGGUCCGGUUUUACGUUGGCAGCCGGAGAGCAGUGUCAGAUCAGAGUGGUGCACUCAUCUAUUGCCCAAUCAACCGUACAUUCCCACUCCGAUACCUGGAGGCCAGCUAUGGACUCUCGCCAGGCAGGCAAGGCUCUCGCAGCCCACAGAAGGGACAUAUGAAGAGAAGAAGCAUCACCAUGACUGAUGGACUCACCGCGGACAAGAUUAUCAAGGGCAAUGGGUGCCCAAACAGCACCUCCCCACAUCAUAGAGAUAUAAUUAGGACCUGUGCUGUCAGUGUGGAUCAAAUCCAGGAUCUUCACUCCCCAAUGUCCCCCAUCUCUGAGACCCCUGGGUCCCCAGCCUACAGUACAGUUGUCAGGGUGAAGCCCCAGGGAAUUCCAGCAGGGAAUGUAACCCCCAGCUCCCCAGUACUGAGGCGUUCCAGUGAGCCUUACGUCUGUCAGCCAAACAACAAAGUCUCGUUAAACAUGGGCGAAAGCUCCCAUUCAACACCAAGCCACGGAUACCCACAGAUUUCUCCUUCCCCCUCUAUAAACAGUUACAGUGACCCAGAUAAUGGGCAUUACUGCCAGCUGCGCCCAGCAUCCCCGACACGCGACACUCCAAACAAGCCCCUUCCCCCCAAGAGCUAUGUUGAAAGGUUAAAAGUUGACGAAGGUGCCAGGGCAGGUGGCAUUCGCUUGGUGGACGAUACAGACAAAGACAGACUGUGCUUUACUAUCCCAAGCUUAGAAGCCAAAUCCUCAUUCAACCCAUCAGCAUUCAAGUCCGUGCUGAUUCCUGCAGAUAACAAGCCCCUGGAGAUGUGUAUCCUGAAGAAGGUCAAGGAGCUGUUUUCUGAAGUUGAUGCCAAAACCAUUGCCAAACAUAUCACCAAAACAGACUGUGAGGUUGCCAGGAUACUCUGUGUUACCAAGGAGAUGCAGAGGAUCAUGGGAGUCAGCUCCGGCAUGGAGCUUCUGACGCUGCCGCAUGGGCGCCAGCUUCGACUUGACCUUCUGGAAAGGUUUCACACCAUGUCCAUCAUGAUUGCUGUCGACAUCCUGGGCUGCACAGGCAGCACAGAGGAAAGGGCCGCCCUGCUCCACAAGACCAUCCAGCUGGCAGCCGAGCUGAAGGGCACUCUGGGAAACAUGUUCAGCUUCGCCGCUGUGAUGAACGCCUUGGAGUUGUCCCAGAUCUCAAGACUAGAGCAGACGUGGAUUGCCCUGAGACAGAGACACACGGAGGGAGCCAUCUUGUAUGAGAAGAAACUGAAGCCAUUCCUGAAGAGCAUGAAUGAAGGCAAAGAGAGCCUACCACUGAGCAACACUACAUUCCCCCACAUCAUACCCCUCAUCACUCUUUUGGAGCAAGACACCCCCCUGCUGGAAGGAUCAGAACCCUGGGACAGCAUUGACAGCGGAGUAGAAGUAGUCAUGGCUCAUCUGGAGGCAGCCAGAAUGGUGGCCCACCACGGAGGACUCUACCGCACCAAUGCGGAGAUGAGGCUACAAGGUUUCCACCCCAGAACGGAUCUCACGGAGCUGUCCAGCACAGAGUUCCAGAUGCGGAUGCUGUGGGGCAGCCGGGGAGCAGCCGGCAGCCAGGCUGAGCGAUACGACAAGUUUGAUAAAGUCCUCACUGCCCUGUCGCACAAACUGGAGCCUUCCGUGCGCUUCAGUGAAUUAUAACCACCUAGUAAAGACUGAACUUCUUCUGGGGAAAAGGGAAGGACAAGAACAGGUCACAAUGCAUGUCCAAUGCUUAUGGAUCUCAUAGACUUGUCCUGGGGGAAAAAGAAAAUAAAGCACUUUUCCAUGACUCAUUUUUCUAUUAUAGGAGGUGCCAACUAGGGAGGCCAAUCCCAGGAUCGGCGGAUCCCAGGAUUUAGGCCCCAAACACGUCCAGGAUUCAAUCCCGGGGAUUGAGGGAUCAGCGUAGAGUGUUCUCAGAACGCUUAGGCGCUGCCCGGCUCUCCAGCACAGUGUGACCUGCAGUGAGAGGUCAUGCUGCGCCGUCACACGCCAAUGGGAGAGAGCUUCUGAUGUGUCCCACCCGCCCGCUCCUGGUGUAUGGCGAGUUCUGUGUGCGGGGCGGGCGUGGCGGCCACACAGGGAAACGCCAAUCCCAUGUAUCCCGGUAUUGACCAUUUUUCAAUCCCGAUACCCGGGAUUGAAAAAAUGGCCCGGGAUUGGCCUCCCUAGUGCCAACACAUUGCGCUGCAUUGAUAAGUCCUCCUGCAGUGUGGAAGGAGUUAAAGUUCUUGAUGUUCAUCAGUUACAGAGAACAGUCUGAGCAUGGGGCAGCGUCUUACUGCUGUGGGGGCCGUCGGUCUAUGCUAGGUUUUUUGUUUUUUUCCCUACAAAUAAAAGCCGCCCCAUUUUUUUUAAAUAUAUAUAUUAAAUUAGUUUUAUAAAUAAAUGUACCUCUAAAUCCAGGACCCUCAGUCAUAUCCAUAAUGUGAAAAGAUAUUUGUUAUUGAAUACAAGCAGUGGCAGAAUCUGAGCUAUACAGCAGCCAUAUUUAUGCUAACCUGAGCCCUCCCCACACAGCAAAGACAACAGAUGUUGUAAGAAUGGAUUGUACUCCACCUACUGGUUGCAUAAGAAAUAAUAGGUAUUCAGAAAUGCCAUGAUAUCAAAGCCUAUUGCAGUGAUUCCCUAACGCUGUCCUCCAGGCACCCUAACAGUCCAGGUUUUAAGGAUAUCCAUGCUAGAGCACAGAUGGUUAAAUCAAAUUGACUGAAGUACGAAUGAAGUCACCUGUGAUCAAGCCUUGGGGGCCAAGGGGGUUAUUCAGAGUUGAUCGUAGAUGAGCUAAAUUUAGCAAAUCUACGAUCAUUUACUCUGAAAUGCGGGCUAGUCCGCCCCGCAUGUCAGGCCCUGCCCCCCCCCUUCCCCGCGCACAGGUACAAAAGCAUGGCACGGCAGCGAUGCUUUUGUACCUAACAAGUAGCUCCCUGCCAGCAAAGCUCUUGCACGCUGGCAGGGGGCUAACCGUCACAUCCCGAGUUGCAGCGGCUGCGUCUGAUGGCACGCAUUCACCGCGGCCCGCCCCCAGCGUUCUGGACAUGCCUCUGUUGUCCGGACCGCGCCCCGCCAACGGUGUUCUAAUGCUGUUGGCACGCCCCACGACCGCCUCUGCCUGUCAGUCUCACUGGCUGCACAUGCGCAGUGCGCCUGCUGUGCGUGCGCACUGCGCAUAGUAAUUCAGGCUGCGAUCUGGCCUAUUGCAAACUACUACAGCAAACUGACUUCCACGCUAAAGCACCUUCAUACAAUUUCCCAACAAGCUUUCCCAUUUGCUGCAAUAAAAUAGAUGUUUGAUAAAUAUUUGCAAAUUGAUUAACGAGAGCCUGGUAAUUUAUAUAAGUGGUAGCCAGAAUGCCGAACAUUGUUUAGUGUUUGUUUUAUAUAUAUAAGAAAGGCAAAAAGUAAGGAAGAUCACAAGUUGUAUCGAAUGGACAUCAAAGACUAGAAUCUGUCAUCUGUAAAUGGCACGCUGCCUCCGCAAUCCGCAUACAGUACAAAUCAGAAAGAAAGGCAGCCAAUGUAUUUUUAUACAAAUAUUAGCACCUAACACCCUGUUCUGUACAUCACUCUGUCUCACGGAGCAGCUACAUGUCAUUGGGUGUAGCGCGCAGUUUAAGGGGUGAACAGACGGUGAGGAAAUGACAAUGAAUGAAGAUAUGUUUGCACAAAUGUAUAUAUAUACAGAUAGCUGUUCUCCGAGUCUCAUGUCUCAUGUCACUUGUCCUGAAAAAACUGUGAAGGGUUUUUUUGUUUUUUUUUAAACCUUUUUUUGUCAGAAGAGAAAUGUAUUCGGUAGGCUACAGAGAUGAAUAUCAGUGGUCGGACUGUAAAUGUAUAUAUAGGACACACGUGGAUCCCACUUGCAGAAUGAGGAAUGUCUGUUGCUCUGGCUAUAGAGUAAUGAUUUUGCUGUGUACAUAAUUCAGCUACAGUAUGUAAAUAGUUGCUCACUGUCUGUGCUGCACAAUGUCUCACCUCAUCUCAUUGUACAAAGCCAUGUGCUAUUACUGAUUUAUGUGUAAAUAAAUGUAUUGAUGUAAAAGGUU